AUGCAUAAUAAACAGGGCGUGGCGAUUUUGGACGUACAAGUAGAUAAUGGCCAAAAGCUAGCAGAACGUUUAAGCGAAAGUAGCUCCUGUAAAGUAAUAUUCGUAAAAUGCGACGUUGCCAAUGAGAAGGAUGCAGAUGAAGCAUUUAAACUUGUAAUAGAACAAUUCAAACAGCUGGAUGUUGUUAUCAAUAACGCCGGAAUAAUGGUUGAUAAUCCAGCUACCUGGAGAAAAGCAUGCGACGUAAACUGGCAAGGACUGGUCGACUUCACGAUGAAAGGCAUCAAGCAUAUGAGGAAAGACGAGGGAGGAGCCGGAGGCACCAUCAUAAAUGUAUCCUCAGUCGCUGGACUUUGCAGAUUGCCGUUCUUACCUAUUUAUUGUGGUUCAAAAGCUGCAGUGCUUCACUUUAGCCAGAGUAUUGCGCAUGGUUCGUUCUACGCGAAAACCGGCGUGAGAGUAUUGACGGUCUGUUUUGGACCAACUUUAACUCCGCUGCUCGAUGAACCGGAAAAAAGAGUUUGGGACGCGGGCACUGCAAAUGAAUUGAAAACAGCUGCCAGUUUUCACCAAAAG